GCUCGGUGUCUUCCGGUCACAGAGCCACUUUAAACCUGCAGAACAACAACAAACUCCAGCUGCUUUGAGACAGAGAGCCGCACUUCAAAUAUCACUUUAUCUCUCGUAUUUGCAUUGGACGAAAACGUGUUUGGAGCAAAAAUGUCUGAUAGCGAUCUGUUCCACCCCAGUCUGGCCAAGGAGAGGAGCAGACACAAGAAGAAGAGGCUGGUGCAGAGUCCAAACUCCUACUUCAUGGAUGUUAAAUGCGCAGGCUGCUACAAGAUCACCACCAUCUUCAGCCACGCUCAGACAGUGGUGCCAUGUGGGGGCUGCUCUUUAAUCCUCUGCCAACCAGCAGGGGGGAAAUGCAGACUAACAGAAGGUUGUGCCUUCAGAAAGAAAUACACCUGAGCAGAAAUGUGCAAAACAUCCAUGAAAGGAAGCAGAAGGGAAGAAUGGAGCAUGAAGAAAUGCGUCUAAGCCUUGCACUCCAAAACAAGUGUGUUAAAUCUUAAGUAGAGAAUCGGUAUCGCUAUAAGGUGGAGGGACCUACAAUGUAAAGUCAAUGGGAGGGACAUGUUAUCCCCCCUGUGGGGUUGCAUUGAACAGAGAGGGAUGAACUAAAUCAUAUACAUGCAGAGAUUCCAUUUGUUUAACUGAAUUAUAUAUAUAUCAGAUUGAUAUGAUGAAGCACUUAAUGACUAGUAUUUUUGUAAUACUUUCAAAGAAAAGAUAAAAUCUUCAAAAUGCACAAGAAGUCCAUGAGUCAUGAUUUCUGUAAAACAUUUAUUAGGUUGACAUAGAUUGGGGGGGGGGGAGGGUUGGUGAAUAAAAUAAUUCAAAAUGGCCUCGGUCACGUGUGAUGCGCUUUUCAUGGCCCUGGCAUGAGAUGAAACCAUGACGUCCAUCACAAACAAACACAAAUAAAGUAAAACAUUUUAAGAAUUUAUUUAUUGUCUGUUAUGUGUGUGUGUUCUUUGGUCUUGAGAGUUUCCCUGGCACAAAAAUAAGAAGUGGUGUAAAUGAAACAAAACCAAAAAAGAAAAGAAUCAGAGCAAUACAAUUUCUCAAAUACCUAACAUUAUUCUACUAUAUACAAUAAGUAUCCAUGGUUGAUAAGACUUGAUGUGAGCUUCCAGUGGUUUGGGCUUCAGCUCGCUCAUGUAGAUCAAUAUAAUGUAAAUAGUGGCUACAUUAUGGCAUAUAGUUGGCAAUGAAGAAGAGUGUCAUGUCAGGUUAAGAUAGUACAGCUUCACCGAUUGAUAAUGUACAUGCACAGCUCUCAGCUUCUGCAGAUUCCCACACUAAAAAUAGGGUAUAAAACAUUUGAUGCACAUAAAUAAAAUGCGUCUGCAACAUGACGGCCUCAGGAUGAUUAGAGGUUUGCAUUAAUGACAUGUAAAGAAGUUGAGAGUGACUGAGCAUGUACCUUGACCAAUUUAUCAAUCAAUGAAAGCUUUCCAUUUCAUACUGUUGAACUCAGAUUCAUGAGAAUAAGACAAGCACCCUUAAGCCGAGUGUGUGUAGCUUCUGGUACAGCUUGAUUUAAAAAAAAAAAACUGCUGUGUAACUUCCCAUCACCACUAGGUGGCACUUCAGAGCCAAGCUAAUGUAGCCGGAGCGAAACCCAACACCAUCUGAGCACAUGCGUUACAAUAAUCAGACAGAGGCUUAAUGUAUGUGCACGUAAACAUGUAAAAUCGAGCCAGGUUAAGUGGUUGAGUGACCAAAUCUGAAAUUGCCAGGUGUUUCUAAAUAAAGUGGUCAAAAAAAAAAUUCUGGGGGACAAUUUCUGCAAUCACAAGUGGAGAUAAAAAAGAAACUGAAAAAUAAGCAAAGGGGUCAAAAUGACUUCCCAUCUUAGA